CGUGAUACCGGUUGCUUUCCUGGUUGCCCUUUCUGGGAAUACACGCACAAUAUGGGCACAAUGGAUUUGUGUCCUCGACUAUUCAGUCCGAUGUCUUUCUUGGUCACGCUUUGCUCUUCACCAGCCAGUUUCUUUCAACAAUAGCAACAUGAACCACGACCCCACCAUUUCCUAUUGUUAUUAAAAGUCAAUGAAGAAUUGCCGGUCGCUUUACUGUGACUGCACCUUUUCUCAGGCCAACUAAGCUGGAUCUUGCCCUGCAUUCCACUGUUUAUAAGCACAAACAUUUCAACAGUUCUUUUUCCGGGCAAGCUAGACUAACUUUCUACUACUCAGUUCACCAUCACUUGAAGCACAUCUGCGGAUAGCUGGCACUACACCAUGAUGGGCCUUUCGAAAUUCUUUACGUUAUCCCUUCUGGCGCUGGGCCUCAGCUCGACUGCCCUCGCCGCGCCGGCGCCUCGGCAAGCUUCGGGUUCGAGCUACUGGUUGGCAAAUAUCCAACGCCAAGGAGUGGCAGCCUUCAACGACGACAAGACCUACAAGGUUUUCCGAAACGUGCGCGACUAUGGCGCUGUCGGUGAUGGCGCGACCGACGACACGGCCGCCAUCAACAGGGCCAUCAGCGACGGCAACCGAUGCGGCGAAGGCUGCACUUCCCAGACGACCACUCCCGCUCUGGUCUACUUCCCUCCCGGCACCUACGUCGUGAGCAAGCCUAUCAUUCCUUUCUACUACACGCAGCUCGUCGGUGAUGCGACGGCUCCUCCGACCCUCAAGGCCGCCGCCAACUUUGCCGGCAUGGCCGUAAUUGACGCCGACCCGUACGACGCGACCGGCAAGAACUGGUGGACCAACCAAAACAACUUCUUCCGCCAGGUUCGAAACUUUGUCAUCGACCUGACCGCCAUGCCGGUUGAGGUUGGAGCUGGCAUCCACUGGCAGGUUGCCCAAGCGACCAGUCUUCAGAACAUUGUCUUCAACAUGCGCACCGACGGCGGCGACAGCAACCGCCAGCAGGGUAUCUUUAUGGACAAUGGUUCCGGUGGCUUCAUGGUCGACCUGACUUUCAACGGUGGCCAAUACGGCGCUUUCUUCGGCAACCAGCAGUUCACGACGCGCAACCUGACCUUCAACAACUGCAAGACUGCCAUCUUCAUGAACUGGAACUGGGCUUGGACCUUCCAGGACGUCAAGAUCAACAACUGCCAGGUCGGCAUCGACAUGUCCAACGGCGGCCCCACCGGCCAAACCGUCGGGUCUGUGCUGGUGCUCGACAGCCAGUUCACCAACACACCUGUUGGCAUCCAGACGGCCUACGACCCCACGUCGCCCCAGACCAACGGCACCCUCAUCCUGGACAACGUUGACAUGACUGGCAGCGCUCAAGCCGUCUUCAACAAGGCCACCGGAGCCACGAUUCUUGAGGGUAGCAAGAAGGUCGAGUUCUUCGCCCAGGGCCGUGCCUAUGGCGCUGGCGUUGAGGGCGGCAUUGGCGUCGGCAAGGCAAUCCGCGGCCCGCAGCAGGCCGUUCAGAAGCCCAGCGUGCUCCUGGACUCGGCCACAGGCAAGAUCGUCACGCGCAGCAAGCCGCAGUACGAGAACGUGCCUGUGAGCAACUUUGUCAGCGUCAAGGCGAACGGUGCCAAGGGUGACGGCGUCGCCGACGACACGGAUGCCAUCCAGGCCAUCUUCGACAAGGUCACGCCCGACCAAAUCGUCUACUUUGACCACGGCGCGUACAUCAUCACCAAGACGGUCAAGGUCCCCAAGUCGAUCAAGAUUACGGGUGAGGUCUUGCCCCUCAUCCUGGCGGGCGGCGACAGCUUCUUCAGGGACCAGUCGAACCCGCAGCCCGUCUUCCAGGUCGGCCAGCCGGGCGACAAGGGCGAGGUCGAGAUGUCGGAUCUGAUCUUUGGCACCGCCGGCCCGCAGCCUGGCGCCAUCAUGAUGGAGUGGAACGUGGCCGGCACGACGCCCGGCGCCGCGGGGCUGUGGGACGUGCACACCCGCAUCGGCGGGUACGCCGGCACGCAGCUGGAGCUUGAGCAAUGCGCCAAGAACCCCAACGUCACCAACGCCAUCCCGGAGCAGUGCUUUGGCGCCUUCAUGAUGCUGCACAUCCCCGCGGGCGGCAGCGCCUAUCUCGAGAACACGUGGUACUGGGUUGCUGACCACUCGCUGGAGCCGCAAGCCAAGGACGGGCAGAUCGAUGUGUUCAACGGGCGCGGCGUGCUCAUCGAGGGCGAAGGCCCCGUCUGGGGUUGGGGCACCGCCUCGGAGCACUCGGUGCUGUACAACUACCAGUUCAACAACGCGUCCAACAUCUUCCUGGGCGCCAUCCAGACCGAAACCCCCUACUACCAGGGCAACCCGGACGCGACCAAGCCGUUUACCGUCAACGCCAAGUUCAACGAUCCCGACUUUGAGGCGCAGUGCGCGGGCGACCAGACGGGGCUGUGCAAGCGCGCGUGGGGCGUGCGGGCCGUUAAUUCCAAGGAUAUCUUUGUCUAUGGCGCUGGGCUGUACUCGUUCUUUGACAACUACGGCCAGGACUGUCUCCUGACGCAGUCGUGCCAGACCAACAUGGUGUCGCUCGAGGACAGCGCCGUCAACUUUUUCGGCCUGAGCACAAAGGCUAGUGUCAAUAUGUUGACGGUCAACGGGCAGAGCGCGGCGCUGGACAAGGAUAACAGGAAUAACUUUUGCGCGACGCUCGCCUACUUCCGGUCCGAGUCGUCGUAGGAGAUGGCUGGGGCCGGAGCUGAGCAGGCGGAGAUGGGGAUGGCUUGUCACAGCGAGU